GCCGCCCACUUCCGCCCUGUUUGAGAGGCAGUUUCUCUGCUCGAUUGUUUAUGUCAGCUGAGCCUUAAUUUGACCUUAAUUCACAGGUAGUGUGUGUGGCUGUCUGUGAUGCUUGGAGCGAGGCUGGGCUGCAGGGACAGGCCGACGGUGGAAACAUGACUUCUGAGUAACGCACAGUUACUUUCUCUGCUCAGUAUGAACAGCGAGGAAGAGUUUUACGACGCUGAGACAGGGCUGGAGUCAGAUGAUUCCUGUGAGGUCAGUUUUAAAGAUGCCCUGGUGUUUGACAGUAAGCAGGGGACUGACGGCAGCGCCACUCAGGAGAAUGGAGUCUGGGAGCGAAGGAAAACCCUGCCGGCUGAAAUGAUCUCCAAAAGCAACUUCAGUGUGUGGAGUAUACUGAAAAAAUGCAUCGGCAUGGAACUGUCCAAAAUAGCGAUGCCAGUUGAGUUUAACGAGCCGCUGAGCUUCCUCCAGAGAAUCUCGGAGUACAUGGAGCACACUCACCUCAUCCACAAGGCCUGCAGUUUGUCUGACUCAAUAGAUCGCAUGCAGGUUGUUGCUGCGUUUGCUGUUUCGGCUGUAGCAUCUCAAUGGGAACGGACUGGAAAGCCAUUUAAUCCUUUACUGGGGGAGACAUAUGAACUAAUAAGAGAGGAUGAGGGAUACAGAUUGAUCUCGGAGCAGGUGAGCCACCAUCCCCCUAUCAGUGCCUUCCAUGCCCAGUCUCUGAAGCAAGAGUUCGAGUUUCACGGCUCCAUUUACCCGAAGCUUAAAUUUUGGGGCAAAAGUGUGGAGGCCGAGCCAAGAGGCACCAUGACGCUGGAGCUACUGAAACAUAAAGAAGCGUACACGUGGACAAACCCAAUGUGUUGUGUGCAUAACAUCAUCCUGGGAAAACUCUGGAUUGAGCAAUAUGGAACCGUAGAGAUCGUCAACCACAGCACGGGAGAUAAGUGUGUGUUGAACUUUAAAGCGUGUGGCAUGUUUGGGAAAGAGCUGCACAAAGUCGAAGGUCAUAUCCAGGACAAAAGUAAGAAGAAGCGGCGAGUGAUCUAUGGAAAGUGGACGGAGUGCAUGUACAGCGUCGACCCCAAGGUUUACGAAGCAUACAAGAAGUCAGAAAAGAAGACUGGAGGAGAGUCGAAGAAGCUGAAACAGGAACAUAGUAGUGAAGGCGAGGAGGCAGAUGAGAUGCCAGAAGUUCAAGAGACUGUGACUGUGAUACCUGGAAGUGCCUUACUGUGGAGGAUAACGCCGCGGCCUGCUCACUCACCACAGAUGUAUAACUUCACCAGCUUUGCCAUGACACUAAACGAACUGGAGCCCGGCAUGGAGAGACUACUGCCACCAACAGACUGCCGGCUGAGGCCCGACAUCAGAGCCAUGGAGAACGGAGACAUAGACUUAUCAAGUUCAGAGAAAGAGCGCUUAGAGGAAAAACAAAGAGCUUCACGCAGGGAACGCUCCAUCGACGAAGAGGAGUGGUCAACCAGGUGGUUUCAGCUGGGAACAAACCCUCACACAGGAGCGGAGGACUGGCUGUACACAGGUGGAUACUUUGACAGGAAUUACACUGACUGUCCCAACAUUUAUUGACACAGGAGGAGGUGCUCGGUGUCGAGGUCUCCUCCUCUCCGUUAGGAUUCACUUUAUUUCUCAGCAUCUACGAAUUGAGUCUUUGUGACGUCCAGACGCUCACUGGUACCGUGUCUCUGUUUGAGUCCAUGAGAAGCUGAUAUCAGAUUGUUAUCAGACAGUUUAUCACAUUAUUACUGACUGUGAACUUUGUCCACGUGAGAAAACCUUAUAUAAAGGAGAAUUUUAGAGUUUA